UGGUUUUCUUCUCCACUUGGCAGUGAAGUCACUAACCUUGACGUGACACAGUUUAGCAAUGGCUGCCUUGGUGCCCCAGUGUCACCACAUCUUUGGGCUGAGGACUGGAGUGGCUAACAACGUUUGCUGCGUUGAUGAACAAACUGUCAUCUUCCCCUCUGGAAACAACUGUGUGCGCUACAACAUUGACCAGAAAUGUCAGAAAUUCAUACCAGGUCUGGAGAAAAGCCAUGGCAUGUAUGCACUGGCCAUCAGCCCAAACAAGCGCUACCUGGCCGUGUCAGAACGCGGGGAGCGGCCAGUAAUCACCGUCUACGACCUGCAGCAUGAACAGUGCCGUAAGAGAAAAGUGCUUACGGGUGGCGACCUGGCCGACGUUGAGUUUGUGUCCAUGAGUUUUUCCCCGGACUCUAAAUACUUCAUCGCACAGUCGGCUGGUCCGGACUGGAUCCUCUUCUACUGGAUGUGGGAGAGGCAAAAGAUCAUGGCCACAGUCAAGACUACCAUCAUUACUAAUCCCAUAUCUCAGGUCAGCUUCAGCCCGUAUGACAACACACAGGUCUGUGUGACUGGUUAUGGGGUCCUAAAGAUCUUCCGCUUCAUGGAGGGCAUCCUUAAACAGAUCGCCUUUCAGAAACUGGACUCCCAGAACAUUCUGUCCCAUGCCUGGGUCUCGGAGGACCGCAUUAUCGCAGGCACAGAGAAAGGCAGGCUGAUGGUGUUUGAGUCGGGCGACCUGCGCUGGGACAUGAGUGUGGCCCCCAAAGCCUCCGAGGGGCCAGCAGACAACACGCGGAGAAGGUCUACCAGGCAGAAAGAGAUGGAUAUCCAGACAGAGAUGCCACGUGUAACAGUCAUCACGGCAUAUUCUAAAGGGUUUGCCUGUGCUGCUGGUCCCGGGAAAGUCCUGCUGUUUGAGAGAACUGAAGAAAAUGACCACUACAGGAAAACCAGAGAAAUCCGGAUUCCCCAGGACCCCUGCAGGAGUGACCCAGGGCGUGCGGAGCAGCAGCAGAUCAUGUCGUUGGUCAUCAGCCCAACAGAGGAGACUGUGGUGACCAGCACAGACUUCAACCAGCUCUACAGCUUAACCUUGUCCACUGCGGAGAUGAGCAAGGGUGAGCUGGCUCACUUUGAGCACCUGUCCCACUCCUUCCACUCCGGAAGCAUCACCGGCCUGUCUGUCUGCAUGCGCAAGCCCAUCAUCGCCACCUGCUCACUGGACCAGUCGGUGCGCAUAUGGAACUUUGAGACAAACACCCUUGAGCUUUACAAGGAGUUCCAGGAAGAGGCCUUCAGCAUUGCUCUGCACCCCUGCGGCCUCUACGUGUUGGUGGGUUUCUCCAGCAAGCUACGUCUGAUGAACCUGCUCAUUGACGAUAUCAGGACCUUCAAGGAGUUCACCGUGCGAGGCUGCAAAGAGUGUGCUUUUAGUAAUGGUGGACACAUGUUUGCUGCUGUCAAUGGCAACGUCAUCCACAUUUUCUCCACUACCACCUUUGAGAACACCCUCAACCUGAAGGGGCAUAACGGCAAGGUACGCUCCAUCAUCUGGAGUGGUGACGACAGCCGCCUGGUGUCCUGUGGCAUGGACGGUGCCGUGUACGAGUGGAACACGCUGACGGGCCAGCGCGAGACCGAGAGCGUCCUCAAGUCCUGCAGCUACACCGGGAUAAGCCUGUCGCCCGACAGCAAAUCCAUAUUUGUUGUGGGCACCGACUUCACGCUCAAAGAAAUCCAGGACUGCCAGAUCUUGCGUGAGGUGAGGUCCGAGGACGUGACAUACACCAGCGUUGUCAUGUCCCGUUCCGGCCGAACUCUCUUCACCGGCACGUCCGUGGGGACGAUCCGGGCCAUCAAAUACCCGCUGUCUCUCCAGAGGGAGUGGAUUGAGUACCAGGCACAUGCCUCUGCCAUCACCAAGAUGAUGAUAACAUUUGAUGACCAGUACCUGUUGAGCGUGUCCAAGGACGGCUGUCUGAUCAUCUGGAAGCUGAUCGAUAAGGAGGGCCGAGGCCUGAAGAGAGAUAAGGAGCUCUGCUACGCCGAGGAGAUCCUCAUCACCAAGUCUGACCUGGAGGAGAAGAACCAGAUCAUUCUGGAGCUGAAGACGCGGAUGGAGGAGCUGAAGACAGAGAACGACUACCAGCUCCGUCUCAAAGACAUGAACUACAACGAAAAGAUGAAAGACCUAACGGAGAAGUUUAAUCACCAGAUGGAGUCUCUGAAGACCAAACUCCAGAUCCUGACAACAGAGAAGGGGCAACUGGAAAUCAAACAUCAGGAAGUGAUGACUGACUCUCAGGAAAAGCACAAUAAAGAUGUGCAGGAUUUGGAGUCCACCAGCAGCCAGAAGCUCCUGCUGGAGUAUGAGAAGUACAAGGAGCUGCAGGUCAAGUCCCAGAGCAUGCAGAUGGACUACGAGCUCCAGCUGCAGGCCUUGGAGAAGGAGAAGGCGUCGGCGCUGCAGAGCCUCACGCUCUACUACGAGGGCUCCAUGAAGGAGCGGGAGAUGCUGUUGGAGCAGUGCCAGGAGGAGGCGCGCACGCAGCUCCGGGAGUUUGAGGAGUCCAAGAGGCAGAUGGAGGAGGACAGCGACCGCGAGAUCCAAGACUUGCGUCUCCACUACCAGCGCCUGCUCACCGCAGAGAAGGAGACCAACCUCAAGAUGAAGGGAGACACGGGCAUCAUGAAGAAAAAGUUCAGCAGCCUCCAGAAGGAGAUCGAUGAGAAGAACAUGCAGAUUGAACAGCUGAAGGGGGAGCAGAACAGGCUGCAGGCGGUGAUCAAGUCCAUGGAGAAAGACACCAUGACCCUGAAGAAGGAGAUCCUGGAGAGAGAUGAAACCAUCCAGGACAAGGAGAGGAGAAUGUACGACCUAAAAAAGAAAAACCAGGAACUGGAGAAGUUCAAGUUUGUGCUGGACUACAAGAUCAAAGAGCUGAGGAAGCAGAUUGAGCCGCGUGAAAACGACAUAAAAGAGAUGCGGGAGCAGAUCCAGGAGAUGGAGAGUGAGUUGGACUCCCUCCACACACAGAACAUCAAGCAGAAGCUGAACAUCAGCGAGCUCAGCGUCAAGCUCAUGGCCACUGAGAACGAGCUGCACAAGGAGAUUCAGAGGGUGUUGGAUGGCCAGGCUUUGAUGAAGAGGUUUAAGACAGACCUCCAUAACUGCGUGGCUUUCAUCCAGGAGCCUCAGAGAUUAAAGCCCGCCAUCAAGGACUUACACGACCGCUACAUACAUAAAUCUGAUAUGAUGGACAUAGCCGGAGUUAACACUUCCAUGCAGAUCGAGUAUGCCCGACACCAGGAGCAUCUAGAGAGAAGCCUGGCCUCAAUGAAGAAGAAAAUAACCAGAGCCAGCCUGGGCCACAGCACAGAACAUGUGAAAAUCAUGCAGGAGAACGUGACCCUAAUCACAGAAAUUAACAACCUGCGACGAGAGCUGCGGCUGCUGCGGUCGCAGGUCCACAACUACGAGACUAAGAUGGGGCUGAACAAGAGGGUCCAGAAGCAGCCAGCCACAGAGGCCAAAGAUAACCUUACACUCGGGUCCAGCAUACAUGGUGCAGUUCACCGUCUGGACCUCCAUGAUGAGGCAGAGAGGAUCAUUCGGCUCCAGAAGCUUGAGAUCAGACAACUGAGACAGGAGAUUCAGGACAUGUCAGUAAAACACCCACAUAGGCCCCCCUCCAGCCCCAAGCUACCUUCCAUCGCCUAGUUGAAGUUCAUGUUUCCACAUAGGCCUAUCUAUAUUGCUUAGUGGUACCACAAAGAUGCAAAAAAAUAUUAAAGUAUGUCAUGAGAAAAUA